GCUCAGCUAUGAUAAGAUAUUUUGACUUUAGCGACAACUUUAACCAACAGAUUCAAUGGACUUUUUAUUCUUUUGUCUUCUCCGUCUUUUAAUGCUUACUCUCUGUGCCCAAGAAUCAGAGACAUUGCAGAUGAUAAAACAUAAAAAUUAUGAGACUGCAGUCCUUGGGAGAAACGUGACCAUCUUCUGCAACUUGACAAGUCUGUCAAAUGUUGAGCAAAUCACCUGGCAAAAGAUCCAAGGCUCUUUGCCUCAAAAUAUUGGCACUUACAGUCGCAAAUACGGGGAAAAGAUCCUCCCACCAUAUGAAAACAGGCUGCACUGCAAGAUCCUGGAACCCAGCGCCUCCUUCAUAACUAUCCAGGAAGUGACAUUUGAAGAUGAAGCCUGCUACAAGUGUCUUAUGAACACUUUUCCACAUGGUAGUCAUGGAGAACAAACCUGUCUUAACAUUUUAGCUGUAUCUGAGUUAGUAACUGAACUCCAGUCUGUUCCUGGCUCUGAAGAUCUCCAUCAUCUUCAUUGUUCAGCUGUGGGAAAGCCUGCCCCUGGAAUCUCAAUUCACCCCUCAGGAGUCAUAGUGUCCACAGAAGCGUACACUCUUCAGAACCUCAAUACCACAGUGACUGUCACUAAAAGCUACAACAUCUCUUUGAAAACUGUGAUGUCCUUGGGUCUCCAUAACCUGGUUGUGUCCAUGACUCACCCCGUAAGACAGGAAGAGAAGAUAGUUCCUCUGCCAGUACAUCAAGAAAGUACCAAGGAUCCUUGUUUAAAUUGGAUGAUAACUGCAAUUGUAUUCAUCAUUCCAUAUAUCAUCUUUGGAGCUGUUUUCUCUAUUAAUUUCAAAAGGAAAAGACCAAAACAAUUAUGUUUACGGAAGCAGGAUGAGAGGAGCCAGGAACACCACACGCUUUCCUGACAGUUUGUCCUUUUCUGUACAGAAGCUUUUUAAUUGCAAGAGAUCCCAUUUAUUAAUUAUUGAUCUUGGAGCCUAAGCUGUUGACUGCAAGGGACAAGAACUCGCUGGCUUUUUGAUGACUUCCUCCUGGCGAGGCUGCCUUGCUGGGCCACAGGUGAAGAGGACAUGCUCAGCCCUGCUGCAACUUGAUGAGCUGAGGUGAAAGGGAGCUCCCCUUUCCUGAGAA